AGACGGACGACGAACGGUGACGAUAUUAGAGGAGACCGAAGCAAGCCUCCGCAGCGGACGCGAAAAUCGCAAUCGGGCACCAAACGUCGCCGUCCCGUUCCCCCCCACGCUCUCUCGCUCUCUCGCUCUCGCCGCCGCUCGCCGCUCGCCGCCGGGGAAGGUUCCGCCGCCGACGCCGAUCUGCCCCUUGCGAUUCCACCAUGAGUACCGGCGAUCUCCUCAAAAUCGAGCCUCAGGAGCUCCAGUUCCCCUUCGAGUUGAGGAAGCAGAUCUCUUGCUCUCUCCAGCUGGCAAACAAGACCGACAGCUAUGUAGCUUUCAAGGUGAAGACGACGAAUCCGAAGAAGUACUGCGUCAGGCCUAACACUGGAAUCGUGAUGCCUAGGUCUACCUGUGAUGUCAUAGUUACAAUGCAAGCUCAAAAGGAAGCACCUCUCGACAUGAACUGCAAGGAUAAGUUUCUCCUUCAAAGUGUAAUUGCAAGUCCGGGGGCGACCCCGAAGGAUAUCACGCCGGAAAUGUUCAGUAAAGAGUCGGGCCAUAAUGUUGAAGAGUGUAAGCUGAGGGUUGUUUAUGUGUCUCCUCCUCGGCCUCCAUCUCCUGUUCGAGAAGGAUCGGAAGAAGGUUCCUCGCCACGAGCCUCCAUUUCAGACAAUGGGAACUUCAAUAACUCUGAAUUCAUAGCUGCUUCAAAGACAUUUGCUGAGUCGCAGGACACUUCAUCUGAGGCAAAGGCUCAUAUUUUGAAAUUAAACGAGGAGAAAAACUCAGCUAUUCAGCUAAAUAUGAAGCUUCAGCAGGAAUUGGAUCUUUUGAGGCGACAAACCAAGAAAGGCCCUGGCGGUAUUUCGUUCAUAUACGUCGUUCUCAUCGGCUUGGUCGGCCUCAUCUUGGGGUAUCUGAUGAAGAGGACGUAACCAGAUGAUGAUCUUGUAUCCCCCCGACGCCUCUGCUCAAGAAAGAACGGGAACUUGUUCAAGAACCAGCAGGGACUGCAAAUUUCAGUGUGCGAGCAUUCUGUACCAAAGUCAGCUGUAUUUGUCGUAUUUAUUCGGUCCUCGUACAGUACAAUCGCGUGCUAACAUUACAGAGAGGUCUCUGGGAGUUCGGUAGGACCCUUGUUGAUGCAAAGCAAGAGAUUCAUGACCAAUUGUUUUUCGUGUGUUGCGCGUUCUAUCUCAUUCCCUGGUCUGUUUUUGUUGACUCU